AACAAAGCACUAUUGGUGUCCUCUGCGAGAGAGCACUGAUAGGGGGCUGGCUGUAAAUUGACGUGGCAUGGAAAAUCUCUGCUAGCUUGUAGCAGCUCUAACGUUGCUGCAGAAAUCAAGCCUACUCGAACUAAGUUUAUGGCUUGAAAUCAUGAUGGAUUUGCUGUUUAUAUAUAAAAAAUGAAUGGGAAGUACCUCCACUUUUUGUUUCGGGAGACAGACUUUUCCUGUAUUUGGAUUUACAGCUCAUAGAAAACAAAAUCAAAGGGAAUCUCUUGGUUACUGUUUUUUGGUGGAUUUUUUUUUGUUUUGUUUUGUUUUGUUUUUAGUGAGAGCAGCAGAUCUCGUUGCUCCCCCCUUCCUUCUCCUGAGAUUUAAUCACUUGCAGAUCUUACCAUGGGGUGCGGACUGAGAAAGCUGGAAGACCCAGAUGAUAGCAGCCCUGGAAAAAUUUUUUCUACAUUGAAGCGACCACAAGUUGAAACAAAGACUGAUUCUGCUUAUGAAUAUGUGUUGCUGGAUUUUACUUUAGAAGCUUCCUCUAAUCCAGAAGUUAUCAGGAUCAGUUCUGUGUUGGAUAUAGCAUCUAAGGUAGAAGAAUAUUACAACAAAGGAUAUGUUGUGGGAGCUGUUCAUCCUAUUCUGCUGCCAAUUGGACAUAGAAGAAAUUUCCCUGCAAGUCACAUGUAUCGGGUGGUACUUUCACGAUUAAAAUUAAGCCAGAAGCAUGCAGCACCCAGAGGACAAAGGAACCCCAGGCUAGUGAUUGAGGAAUGUCCUUUAACAUGUGAAACACUGACAAAUGAAGUAGUGAAAGAACUGUUAGAAAAGGUUAAUGAAACAGCUAAAAGAGGAAGGAAAUUUGUGGGAUUUGUAACACAACAUUUUCCUCAAAUUAAAGCCUGUAAUGGAGCAAGCACAGAUGGGAAUGCAGAGCUGGAAUCGACACUGGGCAGAAGAAAUAGGGAACACAGAAGAAAAAGUUCCGAUGAUGACUAUAGAAACUGGAAUGAAAAGUCACUGUGUGAUAACCUAUCUGAGAGUGGGAAUGAAGAGGAAAUGCAAGCAGAUAGCGGACUGUUACAGGAUGCAGAUUUCCAGUUUGGAAAAGAAGUCAGCCCUAUUAAACCACGAAAAGGAAAUGACAAGCUUUAUACAGUCUUCAAUGUUUUUGAUGAUGACUCUACCAGCUGGACCUAUCAUGAAGGCACCUUGUCCAUGAAAGUAACAAGAAAGGGACCAGUUAUCAGUACACUGGAAGCAGACUGGCUAGAACUAACCACAUUUUAUUACAAACAAGGAUUAUCUUUAAUUGAUUCUUUUGUACACUGGGAAAUUUCUAAAGGCGACCAUUUGCCCAGAUCUCUAGAAGGAUUAUUUAUUUAUGAAGAAGAAGGUUCUGGGGUUCCAGGUUCCAGCAGGAAAGGAAAUGAUGCAAUUGUUGUUGAACAAUGGACAGUCAUCGAGGGGUGUGAAGUGAAAACAGAUUAUGGACCUUUACUGAACACGUUGGCUGAGUUUGGAUGGCUCCUGACCUGUGUGCUGCCUACACCUAUUGUACGACAUGACAGUGAAGGAAAUCUGGCCACAAAGCAAGUUGUUUUUCUUCAGAGACCUGUUGUAUGGAAUUCUGCUGUCCAGACACCAGAGAAGAAAUCCUUGAAGCAAGUUACUGGGGAGGAAAAAGGCAAAGCUGGUAGCAGAAGUGUUGGAUUAGACCCUGCUCCUUCUCACCCUGUAGAAAUUGGACAACCACCUGAUGAGUUUCACCUGUCUCCUUCUAAGCAAUGCUGUGUCAAAGAGGCCUCCUCUCACUAUGGGGGUUUCUCAGGCUUCGGUAGCAGCGAUGGAGCAUUAAGGGAGCUGGAUGAUGGACAGUUUGACCAGGAAGAUGGAGUCACUCAGGUCACAUGUAUGUGAUCAAGUGGUGAGAAUGCAGAAAAGUCCAACGAGUAUCCAGAUGCUUUUUCUAAAAAAGCUUCUCCCAUAUGAUUGAUGGGAUAUAAGCACAGGAGAUUCCAUUUUUUGCAACGAGAGCAGUCUGGAUGUCCACCAGUCUAUUCUGGAAUAUUCCCAUUUUUAAGCAAGAGAAGCUUUUCUUAAACAGGCUACUAAACAGGAACGUGGCUCUGUUUCAGAGUUGUGAAUGUACUUCAGUCCUCGCUCUUGAGUCUCAAUGCGUUUUGAUUGUGCUGCAAACUUCUGUAAAUUUAUUGAUAUGUAAAUAUGCUAAAUUUCUUUCUCUGAACUGAUUUAGCAGUGGGUAUUCAGUUAAGGACAGAAUGGUUUAUUUUCAUUUGGUUUAUAAUGCCAUUUGUCUCACAGGGCACAAAGUUGCCCCUUCUGCAGUAACCUUCAUCUAGAUUGUCUUCUAGUUUCUGCUGUGUUUCACCUCACAGGGCUACAUUUAGGUUCUGUACUGAAUACAAUUCUUCACCUGGAAAAAAAAAAAAAGUUUCCUGCCAGAUUGCAGGAGAGAUAUGUGUAAAGGGAGUGGCAUGGAGAGAGCAGCAAAAGAUUAAGUUCCUCAGCACAUUUUUUUUUAAUACAAGAGCUAAAGGGAAUAAUGGAAAUGGUAAGUAGUAAGGUUUGAAACAAGUAUUCAUUCAGCUGGCUGUGCAACUCCUGCUGCAGGAUGUUGUACAUAAAGCUACGUGAAUCUAAAAGGUGACUGAAAAAUUCCUGAAAGGAAAAAACACACUCAAUUCUCUUUGAAAGUCACUGAACCACAAACACGUGGUCUAAUUAGUCCUUAGACUUACUGUUCUUCAUCUCUGGGAGAGCUGGACUGAGUUGGCCUGUUGGAGAAGGGUAGCAGAGUGGUUUUCUGCUGCAAGACCUUUUAAAAACAGAGGAAAGGGUUUGCUUGGUCCGUAUGAAGGCUGCAUGUGAAUGACCUGCCUUCAUGCACUAUCUGAAGAACACAGAAUUAACCCACCUUGGGUUGGGUUGGGGCACGAAUGCUGAAAUAUCUGAAAAUGCUUCUAAAACAAAAGACAGCUUUCAGAACUUUUAAUAACAAAGAGAUUUUCCAUCUCAUUUGAAGAAGUGAAAAGGAGGGGGUACAUUUUCUGUAGAGGGGAUUCUAAUUGAAGCUACGUGUUUUGUUAUGCUCUUACACAAAUUAGAGCAUUGAGGUGUGCCAUUCUUAAUGUUGUACAUUGCUAGCACCUUUUUUCUUUUAAUUCAAAGUUUGUAAAGCAGAAGAGCUGUGAGGGAGGGUAAGACUGGUAAGUUUUCUUUGAAUGCUCCUGUUAUUAAAAUUCUUUACAUACACUUAUGUACACUGCUCAGUCUUCAUUUUACAAGAAUGUCUUUUAUGUAUUUCAUUAUCUUAGGCCUUUUUAUUGAAUCAAAGCACAAAUGCAUUCUCCAACAACAAAAAAACCCACAAAUUUGUUCUCCAGUGUGGCUUCAACUGUGUGUUUAGUAGAGUCCCUCACCUGUAUGUGGCAACACAAAUGCCCUAGAGCUGUUAGAAAACACGGAGAUGGAAAGCCAUUAAUGCUCUUCCUAAAGCACUGCAAAAGACUGUAGUUCAAGUCUUAAACUGUUUGGAUAGGAAAUGCUUUUAAAAGUGUUUGCAAACCAGGAGAAAUAGUCUGUUAAAAACAAAAGUGCUGUGCCCUGCUCAUACUUAUCCCAACAAUUUUUUUUUACAUACCUCAAUAAACUGCUGCUUAACUCCUGUUUCUGUUCUAUAAAAUGCAGUGCUUUUUGUGUAAUGUUAAAUUCCUUUUUAUAUAUCUGAGAGGAAGCUUCUCACCAU